CCUGUCCUGUUCUGUGGCACUUCAGCAGUAACCUUUAGGAGAGAAACAGAGAGAGAAAUUUGAAAUCCUUCCGCCAUGUUUGAACCCGGUGAACCAUCCAAGCUUCUUUAAAAAACCCACUGUGCUCACUCUUUUCCUUCCCUUUCGGGGUCUCGAAAUCGCUCUUCUUUCCCAAAAAUGGAACCUACUUCGGUCACAAGAAGCGAAAAUACUCACAAAAUCGGUGAAUCUUUUGGUUCCAAUGCUGUUGGAACCGAGUCGUUUACUGACUCCAGUGCUGUCUCAGGGGAGAACAGCUCAAGCAGGUCGAGCUCCGACAAUUCCGCCGGCGACUUAAAGACCACCGACUGUUCUUCACCGCCUCAACUCGGCUGGCCCAUCCGCAAGGCUCAGCUUCGCAGAAGUUCAAAUUCCAAAGCUCGUGAAGUUGAACAAAAGCCCAAUUUCAACGACUCAAAGCUCAACAAAACGGUUCCUGAAGUUCCUGAAGUUUCAGAGAUGGAGAUGAUGAAGGAGAGAUUUGCAAAACUGUUGCUUGGAGAAGACAUGUCAGGCUCCGGUAAAGGGGUUUCCACUGCUUUGGCCAUUUCAAACUCCAUUACCAAUCUCUGUGCUACCAUUUUUGGGCAACUAUGGAGACUCGAACCCUUGCCAAAGGAGAAGAAAUCAAUGUGGAGAAGAGAAAUAGAGUGGCUUCUUUCUGUGAGUGACCAUAUAGUUGAAUUAAUCCCCUCUUUCCAAACAUUCCCUGAUGGAAGCAAGUUGGAGGUUAUGACUUCCAGGCCAAGAUCUGAUAUCUUCAUCAAUCUUCCAGCUCUCAGAAAAUUGGACAACAUGCUGCUUGAAAUUCUAGAGAGCUUCGUCGAUACCAAGUUUUGGUAUGUCGAUCAAGGCAUCAUCGCUUCCAACGGCGAUGGAUCGUCGUCUUUUCGAAAAAUAGUUCAAAGGCAACAGGAAAAGUGGUGGCUACCGGUGCCUCGAGUCCCGCCCGGCGGUCUUAGUGAAGAUUCAAGAAAGCAAUUGCAUCAUACUAGAGACUGCACAAACCAGAUCUUGAAGGCUGCAAUGGCUAUCAAUAAUGUUGCCUUGGCUAACAUGGAGGUGCCUGAAUCAUACUUGGAGACACUUCCUAAGAAUGGGAGAGCUUGUUUAGGGGAUGUUAUAUACCGGUAUAUUACGUCGGAGCGUUUUUCAUCUGAGAAUUUGCUCGAUUGCCUCGACUUAUCCUCCGAACAUGUUGCUCUCGAUGUUGCCAAUCGUGUCGAGGCUGCGAUCUAUGUCUGGCGGCGUCGAGCUCAUUCGAAACCAUUGAUCAAUCCAGCUCGUUCUACUGCAAGAUCAUCUUGGGAGAUGGUGAAGGACCUAAUGAUUGAUGGUGACAAGAGAGAGUUCUUAGCUAAAAGAGCUGAGGGCCUCUUGAAUUCAUUGAAGCAACGAUUUCCUACACUAACACAAACCACUUUAGACACUAGCAAGAUCCAAUUCAACAAGGACGUUGGAAAGUCCAUUCUUGAGAGCUACUCAAGAGUGCUAGAGAGUUUUGCAUUCAACAUCAUUGCUCGAAUCGACGACUUGCUUCACGUCGAUGACUUAACUAAGCAUUCGGAUCGGUUGACAUCAGUCGGGACGGUUAAUGUAGUUGGUCAUAAGAAGGGCGCUUACUCGGUGCAUCUCUCGAGCACUCCAUAUAAACUCGCAUCCACAACUCCAUUGGUUAGUCCAGCCAAAACGGAGAGAGUGCCGUUUCUGAACAACAAGAACAUAGGCAAGCCUCCUCGGCGCGGGUUCGGAGUGAAAAGAGUGUUGACGAAUUAUCUCGGCGUCGAUACGAAAGCGAAAACGUGCAUAGAUUCGAUUGAAGGGGCUGCUUCAAUUCAGAACAUUGUUGUGAAUGGCAGUUCAGAACGGAGAAACAGUUCUUCUGCAGAUCAAAGUGUGGUGAGCUGCAGCAAAUUGCUGGCUGACAAGAUCAAAUAGUCAGUGCAGGAGGAUAAAGAGGAAGAACAUAGUAGUAUACAGAAAUAGAGUAGAAUCAAUUUGUUGUAAAAACUCUUUCGGUGAGAAAUUAUUUGUAUUUAUUUGAUGAUGCUUGAGUUCUGCUUUUUUAGAACCUAAAGCUGUUUUUUCUAGAAUUGCUUGUAUUGUUGUAUUGUGCUAUAUUGUUCCUGACCAACUUUU